AGUGUGUAGAUGUUCCAUGUACUCAGAAAUAUCCAUUCAUCUGCUAUAACGAAACGAUGAAAGACAAUAAAACCUUUCAUUUGAAUGAGACGUCUGUGACCUGGACUCAGGCUCAGAGCUACUGCAGACAGCAUCACACCGACCUGGCCAGUGGACUCGAUCAGAUAUACAGUGAAGAGUUUAAGAAGCUGCAGAAGUCUAAAGACCCUAAGGUGAACUCUAAAGCCUUGUGGAUCGGCCUGUUCAGAGACAGCUGGAGGUGGUCAGAUGGGAGUAACUUCUCUUUCAGAUACUGGGACAUGGACUCAUUUAAUGAUGGACUAAACAACAGGACAUGUGCUACGACUCUGUUAGAGAGAUCAGGAAGAUGGAGCUCUGCUGGAUGUGACCAAAGAAAGCCUUUCUUCUGCUAUGAUGAUAAACUGAUCGUGAUCAGGGAAAAUAAAACCUGGGAGGAAGCCUUGAAUUACUGCAGACAGAAACACCAUAACCUGGUUUCAAUCAGCAACCCUGAGGAGCAGCGAUGGGUCCAGGAAAGAGCCAAAAACGCCUCGACUCCUUUCGUGUGGCUGGGACUGUGCUACUCCUGCUUUCUGGAUUUUUGGUUCUGGGUCAAUGACAACCUAGUGUGCUAUGAGAGGUGGGCUUCAGGGGGAAAGACUGAAGACUGUAGCAUGUCUGCAGCUAUGACCACAGGAGGGCAGCACGAGUGGGUCAGUCAGAGGGAGAAUGAGACAUUUAAUUUUAUUUGUAUAAAACACUAAAGUUUGAAAGUAAAGUCACUUCUUAGCUGCACAUGUAGA